AUGGCCAGCGAUGGCAAGAAGAAGCGGGCGCGGGAGGAGGAGGACGUGAAGCAAGUCAAGGAGAAGAAGGUGAAGAAGGAGAGGAAGGAGAAGAAGGAGAAGAAAGAAAAGAAGGAGAGGAAGGAGAAGAAGGAGAAGAAGGCAAAGGUCCCCAAGGAACAGGCCGCGCCGCUCACCACGGCCACUCAGGCUGUCGUCGGAGACGCCCAGCUCGCCAAGACGGCGAAAGCGAUCGUCAAGGACCUGUACAAGGAACACAAGCGCGUGGCCGCACAGAGCGCCGCGGAGGUCCGUGCGGCCUACGAGCGUCUGGGUCUGACCGUGGAGAACUCCGACGCGCGGCCGGUCGAGGAGUUCGCGCUCGCGGGGUUCGACGCGGACGUCCUCAAGAGCUGCGCCACCUUCAAGCAGCCCAGCCCCAUCCAGGCCAUCUCCUGGCCCGUGCUGCUCGGCGGCAGGGACCUCGUGGGGAUCGCCGCGACGGGAUCGGGCAAGACGCUUGCGUUCGGUCUGCCCAUGAUCCAGCACAUCCGCGCGCAGAAGGCCGCCGGGGUGGUCAAGGGGAAACGGCCUGCGUCGCUCACGCUGUCGCCGACGCGCGAGCUGGCGAUGCAGAUCGCGGAGGUCCUCGACGGUGCGGGGCGGCCGUGCGGCAUGUCCGUGCUGUGCGUCUACGGCGGGGUGCCCAAGGUGCCCCAGCAGAAGUCGCUCCGGUCGGGCAUCGACAUCCUGGUGGGCACGCCGGGGCGCCUGCGCGACCUCAUCGAGGACGGAUCGGCCGACCUAGGCCAGGUGACGUAUCUGGUGCUGGACGAGGCGGACAGGAUGCUCGACCUGGGGUUCAAGCCCGAGAUCGAGGCGAUCUGUUCGAACGUCCGCGCGGACCGCCAGACGGCGAUGUUCUCGGCCACGUGGCCGAUGCAGAUCCAGCAGCUGGCCAACGACUUCCUCGCGCGCCCCGCCAAGGCCGUCGUGGGGUCGCAGGACCUCGCCGCGUCGCACUCCGUGAAGCAGAUCGUCGAGGUGAUCGACCCGAGCGACCGCCCGCAGCGCCUCCUGGCCCUCCUGGAGACGUACCACGGCAAGAAGGGCCGCAAGAACAGGGUGAUGGUGUUCGUGCUGUACAAGAAGGAGGCCUCGCGCGUGGAGCAGUUCCUCAACAGCAAGGGCUGGAAGGCCGCCGCGGUGCACGGAGACGCCUCGCAGGCCGAGCGGACGCGCGCGGUGGAGUCGUUCAAGUCCGGCUCGGUGCCGCUGCUGAUCGCCACGGACGUCGCUGCCCGCGGGCUCGACAUCCCCGACGUCGAGGUGGUGCUCAACUACUCGUUUCCCCUCACCAUCGAGGACUACGUGCACCGCAUCGGACGCACGGGGCGCGCCGGCAAGUCAGGUGUGUCGCAUACGUUCUUCUCGGGGCAGACGGACAAGCCGCGGGCGGGCGAGCUGGUGAACGUGUUGCGGGAGGCGGGCAUGGAGGUGCCCUCGGACCUGCUCAAGUUUGGCACGCACGUGAAGAAGAAGGAGAGCAAGCUGUACGGCGCGCACUUCAAGGAGGUCGACAUGACGAAGAAGGCCACCAAGGUCACGUUCGACUCGGACGACGACGACUGA